UGCCACUCAUCAAGGUGAGUAAGUGUGUAUAAAAGCUGGUGUGUUGUCUUGUCCAGCAGCUCCACACAGGAAGAGCACAGAGUGAAAGUGAGGAAGAAGAAGCCAUCAUUGUUCAGCAGCUUAAUCAUCAUCUUCAACAUCUGAAGCACCAAGAUGCUGACUGUGUCUCUACUGGUUUGUGCCGUGAUUGUUCUGGCUGGAGCUGAUGACGCUCCUGCUGCCCCUUCCUGUCCUGAUGGUUUUCAGGAGUUCAACGGUCGCUGUUUCCACUACGUUGAUACAGAAAGGAGCUGGACUGAUGCUGAGAAAAACUGCCAGAGCAUGGAGGGAAACCUUGCAUCGGUUCACAGUGAGCUGGACUAUCGGUUCAUCCAGAUGAUGAUGGAGAAACACACUAAUGGUUCUCUUCCAAACUCCUGGAUUGGAGGCACUGACUGCCAGAAGGAAGGUUCUUGGUUCUGGAGUGACGGCAGCACUUUCCUCUUUCAACUGUGGUGUCCACGGGAACCAAACAAUAUACAUGGCAACCAGCACUGUAUGGAGAUGAAUUUCGGAGCUGACAACUGCUGGAAUGAUAUGGAUUGUGCCAAAAAACACCCUUCUGUCUGUGCCCGCAGCCUGUAGUAGCUCUUGAGCUGACACACACAGAUCAAAAACACACACACCUGCUGGAUGUGUGACAGUGUGAUUGUCUCUGUGUCAUCAGUCUCAUGUGUAAUCACAUCUGUAAUUCUGUGCUGAAGGGAUGGAGCGAGCAGUAACCAGGAGCUGGACUUCCUCUUUGUUCUUUAAUAAGAGGAGACUGAACGUGUCAUCAAGAGAAACUUGGAGCACAAACUAAUCUUUGAUGCACAAUAAAAAUGUGGAGCAUUGAAACAA